AUGGAUUUUUACUCUUACUCAAAAAUUCGACUUUCAUUAUUUAUUUUAUCACUCAUCAACAUCAACGCUAAGCCAAUAACAAAUUCUCCCAUUCGUUUAAAUCCAACAAUUUUCCAACGUUUUACAAGUGACCUCCCUGAAAAUACACCUUUACUCAACAUUCAUUGUAAAUCUAAAGAUGAUGAUCUUGGAAUUCAAACACUUAAACCGGGUGAUCUAUAUCAUUUCAAAUUCCAUAUGAAUUUCUGGGGCACUACUCUUUUUUAUUGUUACUUUUCCUGGGGUUCAAAGCAUAAUAAUUUUGAUGUCUUUAAACAACAUGGUGGCAUUUGCUCAGAUCAUGGUGAGCUGCUCAAAGAUUACUAUUGCAAUUGGUUGAUGAAGGACUCUGGUAUUUUUUUAAAAAAAAAAGAAGGGUACAAAAUAAUGAAUCCCCUAACUAUACAUCAAGAAGUCACAAACCUACAAAAGAAAGGUUUUCUCAAUCAAGUUCAAGACAUAAUUGACAAUUUUUUCUACUCACAACACUAACAACAUAUAAAAAUACUAUAUGCAAUCUUACUUUACAUUUCUAUAUGAGGUUGCUUUCAUAGGCUAAACUUAAAUAUGCAAGACCUUUUGGUCACACGAGGGAAAUUAUGGGGUCGUUUGGGUGUGAACAAGUUAUUUCAAGAUCAAUUAUCUCGGGAUCAUAUGCGAUAACUUAUCUCAAUCACUUAUCAUGCCUAUCAUGAAGUUGAACUAGUUUGACUAGUUAGUUACUUCCACUUCUUGAAUUUGCCUCCAUGAUUCUUGCCAAAUUUGCCUUGUUUGUAUUUGCCUUUCCCCUUUCCUUGCUUAAACUUUCCAUGCCCCUUGUCAUGCUUUCCAUGAUCAUUAUGUCCAUAAUGAGUGGUACCCGGUGCAGGGUAAUGACCUCCGCCGUGUCCCAUAUGAUGAGCACCAUACGCGGCUGCUCCAGCAACUGCUACUCCCGCCAUCAUUCCAUGUG